CUUCUGUCAUUCCAGUGAAUCUCCGCUUUUUAAAACAGUUCUUCACCAAUGCCUGAGAAACAACGAAUAACAGUGGCCAGACGCGAUCAAUAUCAUAAAAAGUUUCAUGAAAAGGAUUAUGCUGACCAUCCGAUGAACGACAACUUACUAAGUUUUAUUCUUCGUGAAUGAAGCGGUCUCCCAUUACUUUGUGAGAAUGCCGGAGUCGGUGCUGCUGAAUGCGGGGUUCUUCGCUAAAUCAUGUGCCGUGCUCGUGUGUCUCUGCGGGGUUCAUCUCAUCGUUGCACUGGUUUUUUAUUUAACAGAGUCAACUUCAACAAAAUUUUAUUACCGGCAAAUGCCGUCAGACUCUUCAGAAACUCACAGAAGAGCCGCACUUGUCAUCUUUGACAAUAGAACUGUAGAAACAGAACUAAAUAAACUGAUCUAUAAUGCAAGUGUCAUUAAAGAUGACGUGGAGGAACCCGCAGUACUAGAAUCGUGUCCUGAGACUUCACCACUUUUGGUGGGUCCAUUGCGAGUUGAAUUUUCUGAGCCAGUGAAUUUGGAUAUGCUACAUAAAGAAAAUCAACAGCUAAUGAUGGGCGGCAGGUAUAAACCCAGUGAUUGUGUGGCACUGCAAAAAGUGGCAUUAAUCAUCCCAUUCAGAAACAGAGAUGAACACCUGAAGUACUGGCUCCACUACCUUCAUCCCAUCCUACAGAGACAGCAGCUUGAUUAUGGGAUUUAUGUCAUAGAACAGGAUGGAGUGGACACAUUCAACAGGGCGAAACUCCUCAAUGUGGGUUAUGUAGAGGCACUAAAGGAGUACGAUUAUGACUGUUUCAUCUUCAGUGAUGUAGACAUCAUCCCUAUGGAUGACCGCAACACUUACAAAUGCUCCAGCCAGCCGCGCCACCUCUCUGUGUCCAUGGACAAAUUUGGUUUUAGGUUGCCAUAUAAACAGUAUUUUGGGGGUGUAUCAGCAAUGAGUAAAGAGCAGUUUCAAAAGAUUAAUGGCUUUCCUAAUAACUACUGGGGCUGGGGAGGAGAAGACGAUGACAUCUUUAACAGGCUGUCGUUUCGAGGCAUGAAAAUAUCAAGGCCGAACGGAGACAUCGGUAAUUGCAGAAUGAUUCGUCAUUCGAGAGACAAGAAAAAUGAGCCAAACCCACAGAGAUUUAAUAGAAUUACUCACACACGACAGACAAUGAACACGGAUGGCAUCAACUCACUCGAAUACAAAGUGAUAAAUAUAGAGAAAAACAAACUCUACACCAAAAUCACAGUGGAUAUCGGCAAACCAUGAAAACUUCAUAGAGCUCAGAAGAAACAUGAUCUUCAGGGAUCUUUAGACUGCACAGCCAUCUCCGAAUCAGUUCAAACCUAGUGAACAACAAAGAAAACCUUGCCCUUUUUUAAAAGAAAAUCGUUGAAAAACGUAUUCUUCUAAGUGAAAGAUGAAUUAUAGUUUUUAACAUUCCUGAAGGACUCACCUGACUCACCUGUGUGCCUCAUAUGCAUGUAAAUUGUCUGUCCCACACUUGAAUGAAGCUCAACUUAAGUUUUGUAAAUAUUCCAUGCAAAGCAGCAGGUGAAGAGCACACCUCAGGGAACAACUGAAUACUGUGAGUAUUGCAAUGACUAACACAACCCUGCACACUCCUUACAAAACCCCUUGGCUUUUCAUGUAGUAAAUAUGCAUUGGUAGUUUGAUCUUUCAAGUCUAACUUUACAUUAGUGUCCAUGUUACUAUGCUAAGUACUCAAGCAAUACUGUAUCAGUGGACAAAAUGUAUUCAAUACCUUGGUACUGUUUUACAAUAUCAUAUACAUAAUACAUACGGAUACUCUUGUAAAGUGUUAUUUUCCCAGUAGAAUAUAAUUUUGAUUGGUGGGGGUUGUGUAUGCCUUAGACAUAUAUUUCACACUAAGUCCUAUUAUUUGUUACUGAUAUUUUUUGGGGGGAAAAUAGCUUUAGCUCAAUAAAUAAACAAAUCAUGAACAA